AUCGCGGUUGUACUUGCGGUCUGAUUCCCUUCAGUGCGAUGAGAGUCGCAACAAGGGUCUUUCGAGUCACUUUUAAAUAUUUCAUUUUAUUUGUCUGAAGUGGAGAAAAAAAAUAUUACUCCCUCAGAAUCCUUUGUCUCUUAUAUUCUUAAUUGUUUCAAGUAAGCAACGACCAUUUUUUUUGUUUUUCUUCGUUAGUGGGAGAGGGCACAGUUGUGAUCAUCCGGACUUGGAAAUGAGUUUCCUCUUCGGCAGCCGCUCCUCCAAGACCUUCAAGCCCAAGAAGAACAUCCCGGAGGGCUCGCACCAGUACGAGCUGCUGAAGCAUGCGGAGGCCACGCUGGGCAGCGGGAACCUGCGGCAGGCCGUCAUGCUGCCCGAGGGCGAGGACCUCAACGAGUGGAUCGCCGUCAACACUGUGGAUUUCUUCAACCAGAUCAACAUGCUCUACGGCACCAUUACAGAGUUCUGCACAGAGAUCAGCUGUGCAGUGAUGUCUGCUGGCCCCAGAUAUGAGUACCACUGGGCUGAUGGCACCAACAUCAAGAAGCCGAUCAAGUGCUCAGCACCCAAGUACAUCGAUUACCUGAUGACCUGGGUGCAGGACCAGCUGGAUGAUGAGACCCUCUUUCCAUCUAAGAUAGGUGUGCCUUUCCCUAAGAACUUCAUGUCAGUGGCAAAGACCAUCCUGAAGCGCCUGUUCAGAGUCUACGCCCACAUCUAUCACCAGCACUUCGACUCCGUGAUGCAGUUGCAGGAAGAGGCACAUCUCAACACCUCUUUCAAACACUUCAUCUUCUUUGUGCAGGAGUUCAACCUGAUUGACCGCAGGGAGCUGGCCCCACUCCAGGACCUGAUUGAGAAGCUGGGCUCCAAGGACAGAUAGAGGAGACAGGCUUAGGCUGUGGACUGCAGCACACUGGGACUCCAUUGCACAAAUCUAUGUAUCCUGCACUCAUCCCUCUUUUUAUGGCUUUAUCUCUCUUUCUGCUCUAAGUUUCCACUCUGGGCAAAACUACCCACUCAAUAAUAAAUGAAUCGGAUGGUAAUUCUACUGUUUGCCCACAAUGGGAAAUUAGUCUCUUUAUGUCUAGCUUUUCUUUUCCUCUUUCUCAAACUUCAACAGAGCUCAUAUUAUGUGUGAUAUUAUGAUGUUACAAAUGUAUGACCUGAUCUCUCAAAAAUGUUCUCUUUGAGAUUAGUUCUUUUUUUUUUUCGGAUAGAUGUAAUAUACAAUAGACGUUUAUAGGUUCCCAUAGCUGAUCUUUUUAUCUUUUCAGGGAAAAUUCAGAUUUUAAUUUCCUGGAACAUUUUAAUAAGCAUCAAAAACUUAACCUUGAGGUUAAAUCUGAACGGGCCUGGAUUUAGUGGAUGACAGAUGUAAAAAUAGCUAAGAGCAACCAGUUACUAUACCUUCAUAUUGAGACUUCCUCUUUCAAGGGCUGUACUUUAAAUGUAAAAUCGCCAAUUAUUUUUGUUAUAAUCACUGGGAUUGGAAAAGCCAAAUGUAUAUUUCUCACAUUUCUGCUUGCAGCUGCAAAACCCUUUCUCCACACAUGGGGGAGAGUGAGGAAGUGUAGACUGACUCUUGCCCACCUUUGAGCAGCUCCACUUUUAACACGCCGCAGGCAAUACAGGCUGCGUCGCACCUGAGCUGAGUGUUCAGUGCUGAGUGGAGCAGAAGCAUGCUUCUCACCAACAGCGCUGCGUGCUUCCCAGGAGGCCACUGGCAUCUCCAAGAAACAAGAGGGACCAAUUAAUCCCACUUUAAUCUCGGAGAUGCUCAGCCAAUUGUGCACUGCAGUCCUGGUCAUAUGCCCCAGGCCCAGAUCUGUAAUCAUAGCACUCCACCUGUGCUCAUCAAUUAGCCUUACCUAUUGAGCCAGUUCGGAGGCCUCUUGGACCAUACUUUCUGUAAAACUUUUAAGCCUUUUGUUGCUAGGUUGAAAAGGUACAGUUCAAGGGACCUUUAUUGACUCUUGUGACAAAGGUAAGACCAGAAAGCAGUGAGCUGCUUGGAUUACAGAUCUGUUAAGAUUGCAGCCUAGAAGAGUUAAAUAUUGGUGUGCCAGUAGUUCUGUAUGAUCUUCAGAUAUGUUCGUUUUUCUGUUCUUCAUGUAUUUUAUGCAGUGCUUUUCUUUGCCUGACCCAAACUCAGGUUACUGGUUGUUAAGUGUUACAUACAGUAUGGUCUAAGUUUUCAAAUUAAGAAACGGUGCAUGUUGGUAAUGAGUAUUUUAUAAAAGACAUCUUUUAGAAUUGACAAGAAGUAGCACUUUAAAACGACUGUCAGCUUUAUGGGUUUAUAAUGGUCUACAAAGAUGUUCCCUGUACCCCCAACUAAUUAUACAUCUUUAUUAUUUUCUUUUUUCAUGCCUUAAUACUUUUGAAAAAAAUCUAAACAAUUUUGGUUUAACAUGUUUUUGAAAGUAUUGGUUGUACUAUUUUUAAAGGAGUAUCUUUUUCAGAAUUUUGGCAAUAUAGUCCAUUUGAUGUAGUCAAUAUAAACACAUUUACUAACAAGUGGUUUAUUUAUGUUUGACUGUGUUCUAAAUAACAAAGUAGCUUUACUAAGCUCAUUAAUAUUCCAAAUUUAACAUACUUUUCAGAAUGACUAUUCAAUUUCAUUGAACUCUUUAUAAUUUUAAAAAUGAAUGACCAAAACAUGCUGAAUAAAAUUUUUAGAAUUAAGUUUGUUUUAUUAAAUUAGUAUUAAAAUCAGUUUAUUAUACUAAAUAAGGCUGCUUCGUUAUAACAUUUUAAUUCUGAACAGAGUAUAGUUUUUUUUAUAAAUAGAUCUGUUUUUUUAUCAGUCAUUUUCCUAGCUAUAGUGCCUAAUAGUUGUAAACUAUGAUACUUGAAAGCAAUAUUAACAAACUAUAAUUGGGUUUGGGUUAUUCAUAAUUGUUCAUAAAAAAGGAACAUUUAAUUACAUCAAAUUAAUGUACACUUGUUAUAAUGCCAUGCUGUCACAUUUGAAAUGAACACUGCCCUAUAAGUAAAUACCACAGUUCAAAAUAAAUGUGGUAAUCACUUGUAUUUCAGUUAUUUUGAAUUGGUUAAAUGUUAUAAUAAGAAAAUAUACAAAAUGUACUAGUAAUUUUUCCUUUUCAGCAUUUAAGGAACUACCUGUCUUUAAACUUAUAAUUAUAACAUCUUUAUAAGUUUAGGGGGAUGUUUUAAUUUUUUUUUAGGAAACCGUUUAUUCUUCUUUUGUUUUCUUUAAGUUGUUAUGAUUAAGAUCUUUAAUGCUACAAAGAGAAAACAGUGGAGUUUACAGCUCUCUAUCUUGUUUUUGACUACAUUGGCUUAAAAUCCAGUUAAAGAUGGCAAAAUAAAAAGGGACCAUAAGGCGUUUAGAUGGCUCAUUCUGAGGUUACUGCCCAAACCUUUUUUUAAGCAACAUGAAAAAUAAAAGGGAGGUAAGCUAAGUAGCUGUUAGGGCUCUGGACUCUUGACUGGAUGGUAUUUGAGAUCAGAUGCCGGCUGAGACUGUGCUGUUGUAGUCUUGAGCAAGGUACUUUCAUAAUUUCAGUGAGCAUCCUGGGGGCUCCAGGUUGUCAUUUGUAAAAGAGAAGAAUUUCUCGAUGUACCUGAUAAAAUUACACAAUAAAGAAGAACAGUGCAGUGAUGCACAGCUCUAUCUUGCAAAAACUUUCAUUUUAAAAUCCCUCUCGCAAUUGUGCACCAAACCCAUACAGCUGACGUUUCAGCUUGUUAUAAAAAUUGUUGCACAGGGUGAAUAAGCUUGCCAUGUAUGCACACCUGUGUCUGACCAAUAUGACUUCAAAAUUAUUACUGCAGUAAUAAAUGCCUCCAUUGAGUAAGCACUGUUCUGUACAGCUGUUUCAAGUCUUUUAGAAUAUAUGGUGCAGGGUUAAUUCAGAGUAAUGAGGUAGUUUUUAGUAUUCUUUGAUAGUGUGCACAAAAACAUUGUAAAAUCACCUCAGUCAGACAAGGCUGCUUACAAUUAACAGUGUUAGUGACAAAUACUUUUCAUGCAGCAGUGUAUUUCAUGUGCAUAUACAAGUGCCCAUAAAUACAGUUUUUAAAAAUCAAAGUAUUCUAUACUGUGCAAAGCAGGAGUGUUUACAGUAAUAUCCAUGUAUUGUUAAAAUACUGUGAUAUACUGGAACAUAUGGGUCCAGUCAUGUAUCAGCUUAAACACCCCAUAUCAGCUUCAGCCAGUAACACCGCUGAGGAAGAGAGCUACUCAGUUGCACACAAGUACUGUAUGAUGACCGUGUAAUAGAGUGGCUGCAUUAGUGUGACUGUGGCUGUCCUGCUGUGAUUUAUAGCUGUUCAGUUCUGCAGACAUUUAGAUCAUCCAAACUUGCAUUGCUAUUUCUGAAUAAGUAGUGUAACAUUUAUUCUAGCCAGAUGAUCUGAGUCAUCUUGAGAGUCUAGGGCUUGUACCGUUAGAGCGAUGAUCUGAAUUUUACAGUUCAGACAGACAUACUGCUGGUAAUUAUGGAUUCUUCAGGAGUGUAUCGUGGAAGAUAAAUCAAUAAACAAAAGCCAACAAAAGAAAUAAACAGAAAAGUAUGUCAAGUGGUUACUUCGUCCCUUGAUGUUGCAGCAGGAUUUCUCCAAACCAAAAUGGUAGAUGUUGCCAUACUGCUGUGCGUGCUGUUGAUUCUGCAAGCAUCCAAUCUGCUAGAAUGAAAUGCCGUGGCAUCUUGAUCCUGAUCUUGUUUUCCCAGUAAGAAUAAGGGAAAAGGAAAAUUUGAUGUGAUCCAUUGCUUUUAUGCUGACAUUUUUCAUCUAAAGUAGUGAUGCAAAUGCAUCAUUUAAUAAAUGGAAGUCAAUGGAUUAACAACAGUAGAGUGGAAUGGCAAUACAGAGGAUAAAAAAAUUACCUGUAUUCUUGCCUCAAUGAAACAGGGAGAUUUACAGAUGGAGGUUGUUUUUGUGUUGGUUUCCCAUGCUGUCUUUAGCUUGUUUGUCAUUGACUGGAAUACCAGACUGCGGUAAGAUCCAGUAUGCUGGACAUGAGGGUGGGGGAACAGUAUUUAGGUCUAUUUUUUUAAUAUACUGUAUAUCCAUCAGAUUUGGGGGGGGUCAGUGAAACUCCAUAAAAAUCAGUUUAAUCACAGAUGCUUUGUAAUUUCUGCCCUUUUAUUUCAUUUGAGCUAAUGAAAGAUCUCUCACUUUCCGUUUUUGUUCUCUUCAGAAAGAUCUGUGCUGUCAAAUUGCUUGCGUUAUUCAAAAAUGUAAACUUCUUACAUCUUGAAACUGUUGGCGAUAACUUUCCAUUGGAUUCAGGUUAAAUUAUUUUACAGAAUUUGUGGUCUAAAUAAAGCCACACUGUUACAACUGCAAUAGCUACAGAGAUGUUGAAUUGGACCCAGCCUAGACCUGUAGCCUGCAGUACAAUUUCUGUGGCUGUGGCACAUGUAAACUUGUGUUUUGAAUAAACCCAUAUUAAGCAAAGUGGGCAAGACUGGUUCUGUUGCUCUGGUUUACAUUUAUCAAGUGUUGAAGUGAUUUUUGUAUUACAGUUCAAUUCUGGUAUCACCAUUUUUAAGAGUCGUUCAAUACCUGUUUUCUUUCUUCUAAAAUUAAACUUGCACAAACUUAAAGUGGGAUUCAUGAUUUAUUUUUUUAUUUUUUUUACUCAUUUGUAUGGAAAAAAAGACUAUUUUGGACCAUUUCCUUAUGUAGUUCUGUAGUAUGACUUGUAACUUUUUAAGGUUUGUAUAUCUUUUGACAUUGUUGUGGAGUAGGCAAAUCCUAGAAGCACCACUGUCAUUGCUGUGGUUUCUUUUGUGUUGAAUUGUUUUCUGUGCAUUAUUCAAUAAACAGAACUGUGCCUUAGAAUGAA